AAUGGGCGUCCUGCAGCUGCUGAAGUCCCAGUUCUUGUGUCACCUGAUGAUCUGCUACGUGUUCCUGGUCAGCGGCCUCAUCAUCAACCUGCUGCAGCUCUGUACUCUACCUCUGUGGCUGGUCAGUAAACAGCUGGCCCGCAGGAUCAACAUCAGACUGGCCUACUGUGUCAGUAGCCAGAUGGUAGCCGCCCUGGAGUGGUGGUCUGGGACAGAAUGCACGCUCUACACCGACCCAAAGAGUUAUCCACUGUAUGGAAAGGAGAAUGCAAUUGUGGUUCUCAAUCAUAGUUUUGAGAUAGACUUCCUGUGUGGCUGGACCUUCUGUGACAGAUUCGGUGUCCUGGGGAGCUCAAAAGCGUUAGCCAAGAAGGAGUUGGCGUAUGUGCCAAUCAUCGGUUGGAUGUGGUACUUCCUUGAGAUAGUUUUCUGCAAGAGGAAAUGGGAAGAAGACCGAAGGACAGUGGCACAGAGUCUUCAGAACCUGCGGGAUUACCCAGAAAACUACUGGUUCUUGCUUUACUGUGAAGGAACACGCUUCACACCAAAGAAGCACCAGGUCAGCAUGCAGGUGGCUGAGAGCAAAGGUCUGCCCAAACUGAAGUACCAUCUUCUGCCCAGGACCAAAGGAUUCUGGGUAACUGUCCAAAACCUCAGAGGAACUGCUGCGGCUGUUUAUGAUUCCACACUGAACUUCAGAAACAACGAAUCACCAACCUUGCUUGGAAUUCUUAAUGGGAAGAAAUAUCAUGCAGAUUUAUAUGUGAGGAGAAUCCCGCUAGAGAUGAUCCCAGAGGAUGAGGCAGAGUGCGCUGCUUGGCUCCACAAACUCUACCAGGAAAAGGAUAGCUUUCAGGAGCACUACACACAGACAGGGUGUUUCCCUGGCCCCACAGUGAGCCCUCCACGCCGACCCUGGUCCUUGAUCAACUGGUUAUUCUGGUGCUGCUUGCUGCUCUACCCUCUGGGCCUACUACUGGCUCAACUCUUCAGCUCUGGAUCGAUGCUCACCAUCUUAGCUUCUGUGGCUCUCUGCUCUGCAGCGUCACUGGGAGUUCGCUGGAUGAUUGGCCAGACUGAGAUUGACAGAAGCUCUAACUACGGGAAUAAGGAGGUUCCUCUAAACAAACACUAAGCAGUCCUGACCUUCACUGAUCUGAGAGCUGAGAGUAAUCACCUGUG